GUGGCUAUCUGGGUAGAUAUCUUAAAGACAUCUAGAAAAUAGUUUCCAAGACAUCUAGAAUAUAUCUUGUACAUGCAACUAAAAGAUAACUAUUAGACUUUUUUUAGAUUUCUACAAGAUAUCUUGAAGACAUCUAUAGAUAUCUAAAAGAUAUCUGAAACUGUUGCAUAAGAUAUCUUUUAAAUUUCUAUAAGAUAUCUUGAAGACAUCUAUAGAUAUCUAAAAGAUAUUUGAAACUGUUGCAUAAGACAUCUUUUAGAUUCCUAUAAAAUAUCUUUUGGUACAAAAUGAAAGACAUCUUAAGAUAUAGUAAGAUAUCUUUUAGAAAUCUAAAAGAUAUGUUUUUGUCUAUUUGGGAUCCUUUCAUUAUAUAAAGUAGUGCGAAAUUAUAUAAUGAUUAUAGGAGCCAAACACAUCUAAUCAUAAAAAAUUUUGAUAUGUUAAAAAUUAAUUACAUAUACCUAUAACUAUUACUACCCAAACGUAUUCCAGUUUUAAUAAUUUUACUCAUUUUUCGCUAAGUAAUUCAAAGGAUUUAGUAUUAGUAACAAUAAAUAAAUAAUUAUUGUUUUUCAUGAAGGGGAGAAAAAUUGGAACAUUUUAAAAAUGUGUAAAGGAAAAUGAGAAGUCAAAUCGUCAAAUGUGUUUACAUAUACGUCAUUGAUACGUCAUUGACGUCAAACACCAUCUUGCUGCUGACUGAACUUUACUUGCACAGUGUAUUUUUCCUUUCCAAUAAAAUAUCGUUUACAAUAAUGGCGACAAUAAUGAGAUUGGCUAAGAUAAAUUUGAUGAGCAAGCGUUUGUAUAGUUCCAAAAUCAAUUUAAAUGAUGUUGUAAUAAUUAGUGCUGUGCGAACUCCAAUGGGUUCAUUUCUUGGAUCCUUGUCAAGCAUAUCGGCCACUAAACUCGGUGCAGUAGCUGUGCAAGCAGCUGUUGAAAGAGCUGGUAUCGCUAAGGAACAAGUCAAAGAAGUAUAUAUAGGCAACGUCUGCCAAAGUUUCUUGGGUCAAGCACCAGCGAGACAAGCUACAUUAUUUGCAGGUCUUCCAAAAUCAACAAUAUGUACUACGGUGAACAAAGUCUGCGCAAGUGGCAUGAAAAGUAUCAUGCUAGCCUCUCAGUCUCUUCAGUGCGGUCACCAAGAGAUUAUUCUAGCCGGUGGUAUGGAAUCUAUGUCUAAUGUGCCAUAUUAUUUAGCGCGUGGUGAAACGCCAUAUGGUGGAGUAAAACUUCAGGAUGGUAUUGUAUUUGAUGGAUUGACUGAUGUAUAUAAUAAGUGUCACAUGGGUAACUGUGCUGAAAACACUGCUAAGAAACUCAACAUUACUCGCCAGCAGCAGGACGAGUAUGCUAUCAGCAGUUACAAACGCAGUGCCGCAGCUUAUCAAAAUAAUGUAUUUAAGGAGGAACUUGUAUCUGUGAGUGUUCCUCAGAAGAAGGGCAAGCCGGAUGUAAUUUUUGCAGGGGAUGAGGAGUAUAAAAGAGUCAACUUCGAGAAGUUUGGCAACUUGAGCACAGUUUUUCAGAAAGAAAAUGGUACGGUGACAGCAGGAAACGCGUCCACUCUAAAUGAUGGUGCUGCUGCGUUAAUUUUAACGACCAGCGAAGUCGCUCAAAGACUGAAUCUCAAACCUCUGGCCAGAGUUGUCGCUUUCCAGGAUGCAGCAACGGAUCCUAUAGAUUUCCCGAUUGCCCCGGCACUUGCUGUGCCAUCGCUGCUUCAAAACGCCGGAGUUAAGAAGGACGACGUGGCCCUUUGGGAGAUCAACGAGGCGUUCAGUGUGGUGGCUGUGGCAAAUCAAAAAUUACUUGACAUUGAUCCCACCAGGGUAAACGUUCACGGCGGUGCUGUUUCGCUCGGACAUCCCAUAGGUAUGUCAGGAGCACGUAUCGUGGUACACUUGGUUCAUGCUCUUAAAGCCGGGGAAAAGGGUGUCGCAUCAAUUUGCAACGGAGGUGGUGGUGCAUCAUCGAUCUUGAUUGAGAAAUUGUAAGUUCCCCAAAUAAUUGCUGCUGUUUUAAUUCUCAUGAGAUGCCACACGAUCUAUCUUUGUUGUAUCGAUAAUACAUAUGAAUUGAAUUGUAUAUAAAAAAUGUUAUUUUUUAUAUUACGAAAUGUGUAUACUUUUAAAGUAAUGUUGAAAAGCGUUUUUAUAGCUUUUUUAUAUAAAUGUGAUUAUAAUAAUUAUAUAU